GAAAUGUGUUAACAAUGUUUCGAAGAUGAAGUUUAAUAGUAGAUUCAGAUAUGGGGUGUUAGACAUCUAGAUAGAUAAGAAUACUUUUAUAUUAUUUGUAUUCUUAUCUUUCUCGUAGGUAUUUGACGUCUGGUUUUUGGUGGUGAAUGCCGAAUGUUGAUGCUGUUGAUGGAGUGAUGGUGAUUCCAACUUUCAAUUCCCAAGUCCAAACAAAUAGAGAACAUGCAGUAAUACGGUAUUGCUAUUGCACUAGUUGAACUAAUAAACACGGUAUUCUCAACUCUUCAUUYACACUAAUACUCUUCAGUGUUUAUAUGAUUUUUAUCACUYUAAAGUCUGAAUUUCUUAACUUGAAUUGAAACUACUGAAUUUUGGAGUAAUUACUAUUUCAUACCAACAUACAAAUGGGGAGUAGUUGAUAUUACUUAGAUGGUGAAAAUUGUCCAAUUGUUUUGUGUCAGAAUUAGAACAUAAUAAGAAAAUGUGCGGCCGAACUGCUUGUAACUUGAGACGUGAAACUUAUUGCAAAGCGACAAGCUAUAAAAAUCGUAAAGRAACAUUGUAUUGUCAACCGGAAUGGCAUGAUGAAAUGAAUGGUAACAUUGAAUUUAAGCAGUCCAACAACAUAGCGCCUACUGAUGUAACACCUAUUCUUGUUUCCGGCGAAGAAUUUGUAGGCUACCCGUCCAGGAUACUGACACCUAUGGUAUGGGGUAUGAUACCUCCCUGGCAUAAGGGAAACUUUAACAAUCAUGGAUUGAGCACAAACAAUUGUCGAAUAGAAAAUAUAACCACUUCAAAACUGUACAGUGAACCUUUGACUAAAGGAAGGAGGUGUGUUGUAAUUUGUGAAGGUUUCUAUGAAUGGAAAACUACAGAAGGGGCUGGAAAAAAAAAGCCUUACUUUAUACACAUGCCCCAAAAACAUGGAGUUUCAGUAUAUGAUACAAAUGCUUGGGAAUCGGCUUCAUGGACAGAGCAAUCUGGGUGGAAUGGACCAUCUCUACUUCAAUUAGCUGGUAUUUACAAUAAAUGGAAGUCACCCAAUGGAGAAGUUUAUAGUUAUUCAGUUAUCACUAUGGAAUCGAGUAAGACAUUUUCUCAACUUCAUCACAGAAUUCCAGCAGUCUUAGAGAAUGGACAACUUAUAGAGGAUUGGUUAGAUACCAGAAGAGUAUCUGCAAGUCAAGCCAUCUCUAUGCUUCGUCCAAUUGAUAAUCUAAUGUGGUAUGAAGUGUCAAGUAUAGUUAACAACUCUCGUAACAAAAGCGAAGAUUGUAAUAAACCAAUAUCAAAAAUAAUUAACAAAAGCAGCACUUUUAUGACGUCUUGGUUAGCAGGAAAAAAUAAAAAAAGUGAUAGUAAUGAUGAAGAUCAAAUGAGGAAAAAACAAAAAAAAUAAUAUUC